AUGGCCGAGACCGGACCGCCUCCGAGCUCCGCCCAGCUCCCCCCUCCGCAGCCAAAUGUUGGCGCGCCGGGUUACGAGGGCGGCCAGAACGCCCAGCCGAACCCGUCUCAUCCAUCCCAUCUGCCGCCCCCUCCGCUCCACAUCCCGCAGAACACCAACCCCAUCCCGACGGCUAUUACAUCGCCUAUGGGUGGAAAUGGCGACAAGAGCGGAAUGAUGUCCCCAGGCAGCGCCGGUCCUUUCGCGAGACGCGCUGCGCCCGAGCCUAAUAAGCGGGCGCUGUACGUCGGAGGUCUGGAUCCCCGAGUGACUGAGGAUGUCUUGCGCCAGAUCUUCGAAACGACCGGCCACGUCCAAAACGUCAAGAUCAUUCCCGACAAGAAUGCAAAGGGGUACAAUUAUGGCUUUGUUGAAUACGAUGACCCUGGCGCAGCUGAGCGCGCGAUGCAGACUCUGAAUGGCCGACGCGUGCAUCAAUCUGAGAUUCGCGUCAACUGGGCCUACCAAUCCAACACGACCAGCAAGGAGGAUACCUCGAACCACUUCCACAUCUUUGUGGGCGAUCUGUCCAAUGAAGUCAACGAUGAGGUGCUGAUGCAGGCCUUUUCUGCCUUUGGAUCGGUUUCCGAAGCCCGUGUCAUGUGGGAUAUGAAGACUGGCCGCUCUCGUGGUUAUGGCUUCGUCGCUUUCCGCGACCGUCCGGAGGCUGAGAAGGCUCUGAGCUCCAUGGACGGCGAGUGGCUCGGUUCCCGGGCCAUUCGCUGCAACUGGGCCAACCAGAAGGGCCAGCCUUCGAUUGCCCAACAGCAGGCGAUGCAGCAGAUGGGCAUGACCCCUACCACUCCCUUUGGCCAUCAUCAUUUCCCGACCCAUGGUGUCCACAGCUAUGACAUGAUCGUCGGCCAGACGCCUGCCUGGCAGACGACCUGUUACGUUGGCAACCUGACGCCGUACACGACCCAAAAUGAUCUCGUUCCUCUGUUCCAGAACUUCGGCUAUGUCGUCGAGUCUCGCUUCCAAGCCGAUCGCGGAUUUGCUUUCAUCAAGAUGGAUACCCAUGAGAAUGCUGCUAUGGCUAUUUGCCAACUGAAUGGCUAUAAUGUUAAUGGACGCCCGCUCAAGUGCAGCUGGGGGAAGGACAAAAAUCCCAACCAUCAGAACUUCGACCCCUCCCAGCAGUACAGCCCUCAAAGUGCCCAAGGACCAGGACCUGCGUACCCCGGGACGCCGUCGACUUAUUUCCCCCAGUAUGGAGGUCGGUAUUCUAUCCCCUCAGUCCUACAUCUCUCUAGCAAAAACCUUACUCUGACACCCAUCAUAGGUCAAUAUAAUGCUCAGCAGGGCAACUACGCGGGUCCUCAGGCUCAGUCGCCUGCCCCCUAUAACUCGCAGCCUAUGGGUUAUUCCGGACCCUCGAGCGCCGGCGGAUACGGCCGGGGCCAGCAACCUGCAAAUGCGCAAUGGGCCCAGCCUCCGGCCGGCCAGAACUUCAACAACGGAUUUAGCGGCUAUCAGGGGUAGAAUGGGAAAUCUCCUUUGCACUCGGCGCUCGUCUUCGCUUUCCCCCUCUCCCUGGACAUUGCACGAGCAUGGUGUUGUUGUUUGGGAAAACCUGAGCCUUCUCGGAAUGCGGAAACAGUGGUACGGUCUGUUUGAGACCGCAUCAGCACUGCAUCAUCUCAUCUUCUACGCAACUUUUGCGACGUUUCAAAUCGUUUAGUAAAUGAGAUAUCCGGGUCUGAUGGAGGCGGAUUGGGCCUUUCGGUUUUUGCGCUUCGUAUCUUGAUGUACCACUCUCUCCUCGUCUCAGAUUCUUUUCUCUUUCCUGUUUGCCAGUGAUUCCCAGAGGCAUGAUCUAUUAUUAUUCUCUUCAGCUGGGGUUUUCGUGCAGCUGCACAUCUUACCUUCGCAUCUCCAUAGUUCUCUCCAUGAUUGAUUUUCCUACGCUGGAUACCUCUUCAGACCAUUGCACAUUGCACGGGUCCCUUCGUUGGUCAGCCCUUUCACUAACGAGUUCAUG